UCAAUGAGAUUCAUAUGCAUGACUUGCUAGAGCAAAUUGGCAAGGAUAUUGUUAUUAAGGAAUGCAAACAGCCUGGAGGACGCAGCAGGUUGUGGAAUUAUGAAGAUAUUAGUCAUGCAUUGACAACAGGGACGGGAACCGAAAAUGUUGAAGGCAUAUUUCUUGAUACGAUGGGGAGAGAGAAUUUUUGGAAGCAUGAGUUUGAGAGAGGUAUUUUGAAGCCAAGUGCCACGGCCUUUACGAAGAUGUGCAAUCUUAGAUUUGUCCAUGUCUUUUUAGAAAAAGACAAUUUGCUCCUUCCUAAGAACUUUGAAUUUUGUCCACAAGCGCUAAGAUAUCUUCACUGGGUUUAUUAUCCUCUGGAAUAUUUGCCAUUAAACUUUUGGACAAAUAAUCUUGUAGAACUUCAUAUGCGUUGUAGCAAACUCAUACGACUGUGGAAUGGAGGAGAUAAGCCUCUUGGAAAUUUGAAAUUAAUGUGCCUCAACUACUCUGAUGACCUGAUCAGGAUUCCGAACCUGUCUAGUAUUGCCCCAAAUCUCGAGUUUUUGUAUUUGGAAGGAUGUAAGAGCUUGGUUGAAAUUCCCUCUCUUCAAAAUCUGAGCAAGCUUACUGAACUUCAUCUAAGUGAUUGCUGCAAAAUCAAAGAUUGUCCAGAGAUUCCGUGUAAUAUAAGGAUUCUAACUUUAAAUUACACUGGAAUAGAACAACUGCCCUCAUCAAUUAAGCAUCUGUCUCAACUUGUCACGUUGUCCUUGAAUGAUUGUAAAGAACUCGUGAGUCUUCCAAGCAGCAUUGGCAAUUUGAAACGUCUUGAACAACUUUUUCUAGUUGGAUGUUCAAGACUCGUGACUAUUCCAAGCAGCAUAGGUGAGUUGAAAUGUCUUGAAAGUUUAUCUCUCUGGAUGUGCUCAAAUUUAGCAAGUCUUCCAGAAAGCAUCAAACAACUUUCGAAGUUGAAAGAGCUUGAUUUAAGCGAUUGCGAGAGUCUUAAGAGUUUACCAGAGCUUCCGUCAUGCUUAGAAUGCUUAGCUGCAGGUAAUUGCCCCUCUCUGGAAUCUGCAUCAAUUUCUUUCCAUUUCUUAGAGCAUGAAGAUGAAAAUGAAGAAGCAGAUAAAAGUGAAGAUGAAAAUGAAAAAGCAUAUAAAAGUGGAUUUGAAGAUUGCAAAUUUCUUGAUUUUAGUGAUUGCGUCAAUUUGAAUAAGAAAGUAAUGGAGGAUGUUUUUGAAGCGCAUCUGUUGGGCGAGAAAGUUAGAUUAUCUAUGGCAGGAGGUGGAGUGCCAGAAAGGAUGAGAUAUAAGAAUAAAGGGUCCUCGUUUUCAUUCGAACUUGACCUUCGUCACUUAAUUGCCUUCUCUUUCUGCGUUGUUGUUGAUACCACACAUCGUCAUCAUUUCGAUGGAAGAAUCGAAUGUAGAGUGGAUUUCAUAUAUGAAUCUGAAAAUAGGCAUGGACUUAAUAAAUUCUUCUUACUUUGCGAUCGGUAUUUUAAGAAUUGGAAUGGCUAUUAUGAAGGUCCGCAUCUUUCGGACUCAUCACACGUGCUUCUUUCAUUCAAUGAAUUGAGGACACGUUUUGAUGAAGAGUGUUUCGUUAAGGCCUCAAUUUGCUUCACCACUGGCGAUGAGGAGGAAAUUAUGGAGUGUGGGGUCCAUCCUAUUUAUUAUAGAAAUAAAAGGAGAAGCAGAAAUGAAGAGCAUCAGGACGACGAGCAACCCCAUCAGCAUCAGGAUGACGAGAAAGGCGAACCUCCUCUUCAAAGAUUGGAACACAAUGAGGACCAAAAUGCCUCAAUUCAAACAUUAACAGAAGAAGAGCAACCCCAUCAGCAUCAGGAUGAAGAGAAAGGCGAACUUCCUCUUCAAAGAUUGGAACCAAUUGAGGACCAAAAUGACAUUUUGAAUCAUGAGAGGAGGAAAAGGAAGAGGAAGAGGAAAAGGAAGAGGAGCAAAAUUGGACAUCAAAAUUCAAUAAUAAGCAUUGAAAAAAAACAUGAGGAAGACAACGAAGGCGAACCUGAGGAUAAGCAACGCAAUGACUUACUGAAUCCAGAGGAGGAAGAGAACCAAAAUGACAUUUUGAAUCACGAGAGAACAAAAAGGAAGAGGAAGAAGAAAAGGAAAAGGAGAAAAAUUGGACAUCAAAAUUCGAUAAUUAGCAUUGAAAAAAAACAUGAGGAAGACAACGAAGGCGAACCUGAGGAUAAGCAACGCAAUGACUUACUGAAUCCGGAGGAGGAUGAGAACCAAAAUGACAUUUUGAAUCACGAGAGAAGAAAAAGGAAGAGCAAGAAGAAAAGGAAAAGGAGCAAAAUUGGACAUUAAAAUUCAAUAAUUAGCAUUGAAAAAAACAUGAGGAAGACAACGAAGGCGAACCUGAGGAUAAGCAACGCAAUGACUUACUGAAUCCAGAGGAGGAUGAGAACCAAAAUGACAUUUUGAAUCACGAGAGAACAAAAAGGAAGAGGAAGAAGAAAAGGAAAAGCUCUACCCCAUGAUAGGUUCUUACAACUGCAAAAUGCUCAAAAUCAUCUUCUCGGCAAAUCCAAUUUGGGCUGCUGAUACACUAAAAUUCUUUUUAUCAUGACCUGCUUGACUCAAAGCUAUUCUUUAUUGGUGUUCCUGGACUGGUUCUCUUCUGGUUUGUUGUUCUGUGGCAAUUGAUUUCUUCCUUUGAAGCUGCUUCUGGGUUUGGAUCUGUGUUAAUUGUGCUUGUAUCGGGUCUAUCAUUGGAGAGCUUGUGGAGACUUACUGGCAUUCUGUGUUUGUUCUGCUCUGCUGAUGACUUUGGUUUCUCUUGCUGUCAAAUUUUUCAGAUUUUUUGGCCUAUUUGCUUGGAAUUUGCCUUUGGAACUUUAUUUGGGUUUGCUUCUUCUCUUUGAGCUAGCAGGUUCUAUCAAUUUUAGCAAGCAUCCAGCUAUGUUGCUUUAUAUUUCUCUUUAGUAUUGCCAUCAGGGACGUCCUCCCUGUUGCUUUGGUUCAAGCUUUGGGCUUUCUUCAAUCGGCUGAAGAUUUUUUGGCUGGAGUUUCAGUUAGAUCGGUCAUUAAUCUUGGAUUUUUUGGGCUGGAGUUUCUGCUUUAUUUGGCUACUAUAGAAUGCUAGAGAUUUUGCAUUUUGUGGUGUAACCUUCUUGUGGUUGUGAAGUAUAUGUGUGAUCCAGUUCUGCAAACGUUUGCUGAAUAAUUAUCCGGGUCAAUUGUCAGCGGCAUCACUGCUUCUGUGAGUUGGGCUGAUCGAUGCUUUUAAGGGGCCUUUUUUUACAGAAAUUGCUGCAUAUUUUCAUGCUUCCGUAUGGAUUAUUCAUAUGUCAGACCUUCGGCUUUGUUUUGGUGAUUGGUUUGUCUAUAUUGUUGGCUCUGUUUGAUGUCUAUUGUACUGCAAUUUACUGAUGUUGUGCUUGUGAAGGAUGGUUUGUACAUCUGUCCAUGUUUUUCUCUUAGCUUGCCAUUGCCUAGGUUGGGCGCAAGGGAAUGGCCUAUUAGCUUGGUAUUAGUUGGCAA